AUGAACGAUACAUUUAUUGGUUCCCCAUCCCUCAAUCUUGUAUUCGUCGCCUUGAGAAAGACCAUAAAAGAUCCCAAGUCAUACGGACCUCACAUCGGGCCCAACCCAGAUGCGAUGACUCUUGGAAUUCGGGCUGAUCGCGUGUUGGGACGAGUGUGUUCGAGAUAUGAGGUUCAAUUUUGGGAGACGACAGCAAAAGACGAGGAGGGCCUUGAAAAAGCGGAGUUUUUUUUGUGUUUUGCAGUUGGGCGGAAGGACAAGGGAGUGGUUGCACCGGGUGGGCCGCCAUUGUUGGAGGUGUUAAAGAAGAUUGCGAAGGAUUUGGGGAUCGAGGAGGAGCCGAGAUGGAUUUUUGCGAAAUGGAUAUAG